UGUGUUUCCGGGUGGCGCGUGGCUCGCGCUCGCGCGCAUCCCUGCUAGCAUCCGUCGGUUCCGCCUCGCGACAAAACAACCGACUCAGUAAAAGCAGCCACGCGCUUUCGCGUGACACGUGUUUAAUUAACGUAUUGUAACUGAGAGGCUGAAGCGGAGGGGGCGGAGGGGGCAGCGGGGCACGCGACGGGACAAUGGCGGCGUCGCUUCUCUCCGAGACCGACAUCAGGCACCGGUCCAUGGCGGAGGAGGAUCCGAACGGGAACGAGCACGGGGCGACUGCACGCAGCGCAGCGCCUCGCUGGGGACCGCAGCACGCCGGGGCUCGACAGCUGGCGCGGCUCUACUCUCCCGGUAAGAGGCUGCAGGAUUGGCUGUGUGUGAUUCUGUGCCUCCUGCUUCUCAUCGUAAACCUCUCCUUCCUCCUCCUCCACUUCUCCACCGUUCACAUCUACAGGAUCAUCCUGGGCGCCGUCCUCGGAAUAGUGCCGGCAGACUUUGCGUCGGGGGUGGUGCACUGGGCGGCCGACACCUGGGGAUCCGUGGACAUGCCGGUUAUUGGAAGGUCAUUUAUUCGUCCGUUCCGCGAGCACCACAUCGAUCCCACUGCCCUCACUCGCCACAACUUCAUUGAAACCAACGGAGACAACGGCAUGAUCUCCGUCUUUCCACUGGCUCACAUGGCCGCCAAGUCCCUCACACACACACCAGAGGCCCUGGCGGCGGCGUAUCCGUCGGAGCACUGCUACGUCUUCGCCCUGGCCGUCUCCGUGACGCUGACCAACCAGUUUCACAAGUGGAGCCACUCGUACUUCGGGCUCCCACGCUGGGUCACGCUGCUCCAGGACUGGCACCUGGUGUUGCCACGGAAACACCACCGCAUCCACCACGUCUCGCCGCAUGAGACGUACUACUGCGUCACCACAGGUUGGUGUAACUAUCCUCUGGAACAGCUGGGCUUCUGGAGACGGAUGGAGCGGCUGAUCGAGUACGUGACGGGUCAGAAACCACGCUCUGACGACAUGGCGUGGGCGAAGAAGACCGACUCGUAAACACACACAAACAAACACACACACACACACACAGAGAGGGAAGGACGGAGACACGCAAACAAACACACACACACAGUGGGACAAACAGGUCUAAAAAAUUAAGUGCAGAUAUCUGAGUAAUGGUUGAUUGGUUAAAAAUAAAUAAAUAGCCACUCCCCCUUUCUCUUCUUCCAGGGAAAAUAUGUCGGAGUGUAGAAGAAGACAGUUUAGUUCAGAGUAAGACUUCUCUGGAGGUUGGGCUCUCCAGGAGUGACAGCACACACUCUCUGAUUUCGUCUUGUUUUUUAAACACAAACACCUGACUUACACCACGGGUCCUUGAAAUCCUUGACAGUUUGAAAAUCACCCCCCAAAAUAGACAUGGGUCAUUGAAAAGUUCUUGAAAAUUGAUAUUAUCCCAGAUCUCUGUCUCACCAGAGACACAAGGACCAGACGCUGUUGCAGGAUCAUCACACACACGUACGUGAAAUCAAACACAUUCCAUUCUCGCUGCUCAUCUGCCUUAAUGUUUUUAAUCUGCUCUUUGAUUUUAAAUAAAUAAAUGAAGGUUUAUUAACUCGU